AUGGACGAGAGGAAGAGUGCCGAGCGGAAGAAGUUUACCGCCGGCCACGUCGGGCACUAUCUCAAGAAGGGACGCUACGUGGACCGCGUCGGCUCCAGCGGCCCCAUUGGCCUUGCCGCCGUCCUCGAAUACCUUGCCGCCGACUUGGCGGGCAAUGUGGCCCAGUACAACAAGAAGACCCGCCUCAUGCCGCGCCACCUGCUUCUCGCCACUCGCAACGACGAGGAGCUCUCCAAGAUGCUUGACGGCAUCACGAUCGCCCACAGUGGCGUGUUGCCCAACAUCCACUUUGUGUUGUUCUCCAAGAAGGCAAACAUGCAAUAG